AUGAUUUGUAGUCGAAGGAUCCUUUUUGCUGGAUAUGCAGCUCUUCUUUUUCUGGUGCUGAUUCUCCAAGGUUGCUACGCUAGAACAAGCAACAACUGCACCACAUCUUGUGGCAAUAUCCGCAACAUUAGCUACCCUUUUCGAUUUAAAACCGAUCCUGAAAGCUGCGGCCACAAAAAGUAUGAACUUACUUGUGAAAACAACCUUCCAGUAGCAUACUUGGAUUCGGCAAAAUAUUACGUUGAGUCUAUCAAUUACAAUAACUACACAAUUCGAGUGAUGGAUGCCGGUGUCCAAAAGGAUAAUUGCUCCUCCAUCCCUCGCCAUUCUUUGAAUACAUUCUAUAACAGAUAUUGGAAAAUUCCAUACUUCGAUUGGCCAGAAGUAGUCUCCUAUGAGAAGGAAUACUAUCAGAGCUUAAUUUUCGUAAACUGUGAAGAUCAAGUACAGAGUUCUCCACUUUAUGUGGAUGCUUCUUCUUGCAUCAAUAAUUCUGGUCAUUGGUAUGUAAUGGUUGGGUCCACAAAUUUAUUGGAUUUGGUGGACUCGUGCCGAGUAGAGCAGAUAGUUAUGACAUCUAUAAUGCCGGAAGAAGUGAAGAACAUUUCAUUUAAGGAUCUUCACCGUAUUAUGUCAUACGGAUUUGAGCUUUCAUGGUUUUACGUUUGCUGUGACAACUGUAAGGAAAGCCUCUGCAACCUACCGGAUUAUUCCAUACGCGAUUGCGGUACUGAGCCCUUGCAUGCGUGUGGUUCUAGCCAUAUGGUGCAGUGCAACACUACUUCUCUCGAGGACCCGUUGGCUUCUUCAAUCGUUAAGAGACAUUUAGGAGACAUCGUAUCUACUCCUGCUCAGCAUGAUUUGGAGUUUCUAGAAUCAAUUGUUGUUAUUAACACUCCUACUCUUUCCCUAUCGAGACUUUGGCCCUUGAACCCUUUAUUCUAA